UUGUACAAAGGACGAAGUAUUGUUCUUGUGUGCAAGUGUCGCACGACGGGCACCGGAAAGUAUUUUGGUGGCGGCCAUCCAUAUCAAGCAAUACCAGUUUUAGAGAGAGAGGGAGGGGGAAGGCUUGAAAUAACUGUGUUUAUAUAUACUUAAAGUACAUUGAGGGACGGAUACAUAUAUACACACGCAUAUAGAGAGAGAAUGGAAGAUCGGGAAGACUUGAAGUCGAUACUACCGUACUUACCACUGGUUCUCCGAUCGCCCUCUCUGUUCUGGCCAUCUCAAGUGGUGGAAUCAUUGAAAGCGUUGUCCGAAGGCCCCCAACACAGCAGAAUCGACUCUGGAGAGGUUCUCUUCCUCGCUAUUUCCGAUCUCAGACAAUCUCUCAGCCUCAAUUUCUCCACCGAACGCUUAGCUUCUUCAGCCGCCGAUGGCUACGCUCUUUUCUUCGACGAUCUGAUGUCUCGGUCAGAAUCGGCAAAAUGGUUUGGGGAGGUAAUCCCAUCAAUGGCGAAUCUGCUGUUGCGGUUUCCGUUGUUGUUAGAAACUCAUUAUAAGAAUGCAGAUGUCAUUAAUGGUGAAAAUGACAGAAUUAAAACAGGUCUUCGGAUAUUGGAGUCACAACAACCAGGCAUAGUGCUCCUCAGCCAGGAAUUGAUUGGUGCUCUUCUUGCUUGUUCCUUCUUCUGUUUGUUUCCAAUCACUGAUAGAGUUGCCAAACACCUUCCAACGAUCAACUUUGAUCAUUUGUUUGCGAGUCUACACAAUGAUUACAGUGAGAAGCAGGAAAACAAAAUAAAGUGCAUCAUUCACUACUUUGAGAGGAUAUGUUCAUUUAUGCCUAUGGGGGUUCUCUCAUUUGAGCGGAAAGUUCUCCCUUUGGAAUAUAGUAGUUUUUUUGUUACCUAUCCAAAGGAUGAUUUUUGGAGCAAGUCAAUUGCUUCCCUCUGCCGUCUUGAGGUUUGCGGGUCUGGCUUGAUAGAAGAUCAACCCAGUGAAGCUCUUGAAGUGGAUUUUGCAAACAAGUAUUUAGGGGGAGGUGCUCUUCAUAGGGGCUGUGUACAGGAAGAGAUCCGUUUCAUGAUCAAUCCCGAAUUAAUUGCUGGCAUGCUUUUCAUUCCUUCCAUGGCAGACAACGAGGCUGUAGAAAUUGUUGGUACGGAAAGGUUUUCAAAUUAUACAGGGUAUGCUUCUUCAUUCCGAUUUGUUGGUGACUAUGUGGACAAAAGAGAUUUUGAUCAUAUGGGAAGACGUAAAACUAGGAUCACUGCAAUAGAUGCAUUAUGCAACCCAGGAAAGAGACAAUAUGGACUUAAAUGCCUCCUCCGGGAGAUUAACAAGGCGUUCUGCGGCUUUUUUGAUCCAUGUAAAUAUCAGCAUUAUCAUAGACUACUUCAAGAUGAUGGAUUUUGUGGAGCUCAGGUAGAUCAAGAUGUUAAAGACCCGAGUGGAAUGUCAGAUAAUCAACUUUUGUUCCAAGAAAUUUCAUCUAUCUCUUGUGAAGCAAAAGAAGGAAUUUUGGGUGACCACCUGAUGAGGAAUUUGGAGAAAAAGGGUAGUCAGUGCCUGGACCAUCAAAAAGAAAUUGGCAUUGUGACAGGAAACUGGGGUUGUGGCGCUUUUGGGGGAGACCCCGAACUCAAGGCCACAAUUCAGUGGCUCGCUGCUUCUCAGGCAUUGAGGCCUUUCAUCACUUAUUACACAUUUGGUUUGGAGGCACUGCAGACUGUGGACCAGGUGAGUCGAUGGAUUCUGUCACAUAAAUGGACCGUUGGAGACCUUUGGAACAUGUUGGUGGAGUACUCUUCCCAGAGAUUGACAGGAGAAACUAAUCUUGGCUUCUUUAAUUGGCUACUUCCAUCGCCGCCCACCUUUGAUGCCAUGAUACUGGACACACCUUUAACCCCUUGAAAUCUUUUGUAUUAUUGAGUUGCUUCCCUUCCCUUUUUUUUUUUUU